GAUAUAUCGGAGCGCAGUCCCUGCAGCAGGAGAGCCCGGAGCCAUGCAGCCCCCCAAGCCUGUCCGGGGCGCCCCCCGGUACUGAAGCCCCUCACCGGCUCCGUGCGCUAUGGGAAAACUUCUCCUCCUCAACUUUCCCCCCUUCCCCUGAGCGGCGGCAGCGACUCCCCCAGCAACAAAGGCGGAAAGUACCGGAGCCCCCCGUCCCCUUGUCUCCCCUUGUCUCCCCGUACCGGCGGGUUAUUGGCCCCCCUAGCCGCCAUGUUCCCCCGGGAGCCCCCCGGUGCCCUGUACGUGCGGGUCCUGCUCGCCCUGUGGGACCUGGGCAUCCUCUCUGCCCUCAGCCUGGACCCCAUCUACUGGAACAGCGCCAACCAACGAUUUGAGGACGCCGAGGGGUACGUGCUGUAUCCCCAGAUCGGAGACCGGCUGGACCUGUUGUGCCCUCGAUCUGAGCCCCGGGGCCCGUUCUCCUCAUCCUCCUAUGAGUUCUACAAGCUGUACCUGGUGGGCACCAAGGAAGAGAUGCUGAGCUGCUCCAUCCUGAGGACCCCCAACCUCCUCCUGACCUGUGACCGGCCCUCCCAGGACCUGCGCUUCACCAUCAAGUUCCAGGAGUUCAGCCCCAAUCUGUGGGGCCACGAGUUCCAAUCCCAGCGGGACUACUACAUUAUCGCCACCUCGGAUGGGACGCAGGAUGGACUGGAGAACCUUCGGGGAGGAGUGUGUGAGACCAAAGGCAUGAAGGUCACCUUAAAGGUUGGGCAGAAUCCUAAUGGGGCGCCUCCUCCUCGCAGACCCUCAUCUGCAGGAAAGGAUUCUGGGAUUUCACCAUCUGUGCCAAACCCUGACAUUCCAAAUUUCGGAGCAGAAACAUCUGGCAAUGCAACCAAGACUGGGGAAAAUGGUCCUCUACCCAUCUCCCAUGUUCCUCUAGUAGCUGGUGCUGCGGGCGGGGCUGCUCUUCUGCUGCUAGUCUUCGGAGUAGUGGGAUGGAUCUGCCACAGGCGACGUCAGGCCAAACACAGCGACACCCGGCACCCGCCUCUCUCUCUCGGAUCCAUCACCUCCCCAAAAAGGGGAGGCGGCAACAACAACGGGCACGAGCCCAGUGACAUCAUCAUGCCCCUUCGACCGUCCGACGGGGGUGCCUUUUGCCCUCACUAUGAGAAGGUCAGCGGGGACUAUGGGCACCCUGUAUAUAUCGUUCAGGACAUGGCCAGCCAGAGCCCUGCCAACAUCUACUACAAAGUAUGAAACAGCUGCCAGCAUUUUGUCUCCUUGUAGCUUUUUGUUUUUGGGCGGGGGCUAACUGUAGGAUGUUUGUGGGGUGGGUUGCAGGACGUCUCGGAAUGAAGGUGGGAUUGUGUUCAUUGCAGCGUUGGGAUUUGGAGAGUAAGUCUUGCAGCUUGCCUCUUGCACCUCUUCUCCAAAGUCUGGGUUCAUGAUCGUAUUGUGAGGGGGUCAGACGAUAAAAGUAGAGGUUCUGCAUUACAUAUGUAGGCCUGAAAAAUACCCCAGAUAUUUCCUUUGCACCAGCAGCCAUGUUGCUUGUCAUACCAGCAGCCAUGAUGCUUGCCAUACCACCACCCAUGAUGCUUGCCAUACCACCACCCAUGAUGCUUGCCAUACCACCACCCAUGAUGCUUGCCAUACCACCACCCAUGAUGCUUGCCAUCCCACCACCCAUGAUGCUUGCCAUCCCACCACCCAUGAUGCUUGCCAUCCCACCACCCAUGAUGCUUUAGGCACCCAUAUGACUGCACUUAAGGCAAGUGUGGAGGAACACUAAAAGAGGAGGAGGACUCUGCCAUGGUAGAAGGCCUCGACGUUGGCUUUUUUCGAGGCAAAGGAAGAAAGGAAUAUACCAAGGGAGAAGGUAGAACCUUUCGUGCCAGUUUCCCAUUUUUUACAGUGUUUGAGAAGAUGGUCGUUUUGUCGCUUGUCUGUAAGGUUCUCCCACUGAUGGUUCAGUUCGGGCGUAGAGAAAAGACUCUUGUGGACAAAAAAAUAACGUCUGCCCUUGGUGUCCUCUUUAUUCUUUUUUUUAUUUUCUAUUUUUUCGUAAUCCAGCCCAACGCCUUAAAUUGUUACCUGUGCCAUAUCUGCCCUCAUUUUCCUCCUGAAUUUUUUUGCACAGAUGUUCAGGACAAGAUAGGAAUCGAAGUGUCAUCGUGCCAUCACCCACUACUUCAUGUGUAGACCCGCUGUGCCUUUUACAUACAGGCAAGAAAAAGCCCUUACGUGUAACCCCUUUUUCCGCUGUCAGGUUUAAAGUUCUUUUGCCUCGACCACCCCCAAAACGACGGUAUUUUUCUCUAAGGCCGUUCUGAAGCUUUUGUAUAUAUACUAGGAGUUAAAUCUCCUUCAUUUUCCUUGUACUUGAGUUAAGGAAUAUUAGACACAGUGAGAAAUUCGCUCCAACUGUGCCCGCGUACAGGGACACGCUGAAAUAUGGCACCUCGGCCAGGGGCACGGGAGAAGAAACAAGUGGGGGGUGAGGGAAAAUGGAGCGUAAUUAAGCUAGGCCCUGUAUCCAUAGCAACGGAUCGGGCCUACUUGGUCCUUAGCGUCUCUCCCCCCCCCUUCUCCUCCUCUCUGUGUCUGCCUCUCUUCUCGCUAUGGCAUUAAAAGUGUCGGUCGCCAGGGAGACCGGGAGCGAAAAUGAGAGAUAAAAAACGGGGGGGGGAGAUGUGUUUUUUUUUUUUUUUCUUUUUUUUACGGCUCGGCGUUACAAGAUAUUUGAAGAUGUCAGUCGCCCCGAGUAAAUACACUUGAUAAAAGAUGGGGCCGUGCAGGGCGGGGGGUCCAUUUUUAAACUUGACGACGGUUCCCCCCAUCUCUUACAAUUCCAAGUGAAAUCAUAGUCUGUGGAAAUUAAAAAAAGACCCCCGCUCCCACGGUAGGCUGACAACUGGGGGAAAAAAAUGCAAUUGUUAGGAAGGUAUUAAAAAAAAAAAAAA